ACACAUCAGUGGUAAAAACAGAAGCUGUUCUGGACUCCACCCACACUGGGGAUCUUAUUAAGACGGAGAGCCUAGACUUUACAGAGCUGGGAUAUGAAACCCAUCUGCAUCCUGACCAAAUCAAAACAGAGGCUGAAGAUGGAGGAUACCAUAAGGCAGAACACAUCAGUGACUUUCAGGAUAUUUUGUGUGUUCAUACUGAAUCUGAUCAAAUGAAGUGUGAAUCCAGUGAAAGUUUAGUGAGUGAUCUCAUGAACACUGGGAUGAAUGGAGCUGGUGCUGAACCAUGGCAAUGUGCAGGAGGGCCGAUUCCAAACUAUAAAAAAGAAGAAAUUCAUGAUCUGCCGACCAAAUAUGUGGACUUAAAUCAUUACCGUGACAAGAAUAAGAAAAAUCAGACCAAUAUUGUCCAGGAGAGUACAGACAGUGGUGACAAACGUAUAAAUUGUCCAAGGGCAAAUGUGAUCAUUGAACCCAACACAGUUAAUUCAAGCACAAACCCCCCAAAAAGCCCCAAAAUCAUUCAACAGAAGGAAAUUCAUAGGAAUAAACAGGCAAUUCAUACAGGUGAAAAGCCCUACAAAUGCACACAGUGCAAGAAGUGCCUUCAUACCAAAUCUGGUUUAAAUAAACACCUGAUAAUUCAUAAAAGAGUUAAAAAGCUGAACAUGUGUACACAGUGUGAGAAGUGUUUUGAUACAAAAAAAGAUUUAAAUACACACCUCAGAAUCCAUACAGGUGAAAAGCCCUACAAAUGUUCUCAGUGUCUGAAGUCCUUUUCCAAGAUAUCUCAUUUAAAUAGCCACCAGAGAAUUCAUACAGAUGAAAAACCAUACAAGUGUACUCAGUGUGAGAAAUCUUUUAAAACAAAAUGGUAUUUACAUACACACCUGAGAAUUCAUUCAGGUGAAAAGCCAUUCAAGUGUACACGGUGUGAGAAGUGUUUUCUUGACAAAGCUUCUUUAAAUAAACACCAGAGAAUUCAUACAGGUGAAAAGCCCUACAAAUGUUCUCAGUGUGGGAAGGGCUUUUCCCACAUAUCGAAUUUAAAUCGCCACAAGCAAAUUCAUUUAGAUGAAAAGCCCUACACAUGUUCACAGUGUGGGAAGUGUUUUUCCACAAUAUCUCAUUUAAAUAUCCACCAGAUUAUUCAUACCGGUGAAAAGCCCUACAAAUGUUCUCAAUGUGGGAAGUCCUUUUCCAGAAUAUCUGAUUUGAAUUGCCAUGAGAGAAUCCAUACAGGUGAAAAGCCAUACAAGUGUACAGAGUGUGAAAAGUGUUUUAAUCAAAAAUCCUCUUUAAAUACACACUUGAGAAUUCAUACGGGUGAAAAGCCAUACAAAUGUAUUCACUGUGGGAUGUGCUUUUCCCAAAUGUCUCAUUUAAUUAUGCACCAAAGACUUCAUACAGGUGAAAAACCCUGCAAAUGUUCUCAGUGUGGUAGGUGUUUUACCCAGUUAAGUGCAUUGCAUUACCACAAGACAAUUCACACAGGUGAAAAGCCCUACAAAUGUUCUUGGUGUGGGAAGUGCUUUUCCACAAAAUCUAACUUAAAUAUGCACCACAGAAUUCAUGAAAAGCCCCUCAAAUGUUCUCAAUGUGGGAAGUGCUUUUCCAGAAGAUUUUAUUUAAGAAGACACCAGAGCCUUCAUAAUGGUGAAAAGCCCUAGAAAUGUUCUGACUUCUGACCUAAGAAACCUCUAUCAUAGUAGUACAGAUAUACUCUGUUUGGCAAGUGUGGUAUGUGCAUGAAAUGUACACUAAAUCUGAAAUUUACGAUUUAAUUUCAUAUACCAGUGAAAACCCCUACCUG